AUGUCUAUUAACGCGCUAAGACGAAGUCUACUACUAUUAAGAGGAUUUAGCGGUAAGAUCUACGACGCUGUUCUCGUUAUCGUUAACCGCUUCUCUAAGCUAGUAAGGUACCUCCCUAUUACUAAGGAUAUCGAUGCGGURGYACUURCGGAACUAGUAUACCGCCGUAUUAUCYAUAAAAYAGGCGCUCUAGACGAUAUURUCUCGGACCGURGAUUAGURUUUACUAGYAYAUACUAG